AAGUGUUCCCCCGCGGUCUUCCGGGUGACUUCCAGCCUCGACUGCAGUUGUCCCGAAGGAGCCAUGGCUGAAGACCCCGCGCUGUCUCUCCGGGUCUCGGAGAUCAGGGACCCGGCGGUUCUCUUCGAGCGGUACAACACGGAGGAGAUCCGCCGGAUCGAGCGCAAAGUCCGGGGAGAGAUCGAGCAGAAGAAGGAGGAGCUGAGGCAGAUGGUGGGUGAACGGUACCGGGACCUCAUCGACGCCGCAGACACCAUCGGAGAGAUGAGGCAGUGUUCUGAAAGCGUGGUCCGGUCCAUCCAGGACAUGCAGCGGUACUGUCACCUACUGAAACACGGGAAGGUGGAUGUGGGCGGGGCCAGGCUGGAGAACCAGAACCAGAGGCAGUGGCAGGAGAAGUUCUACACCAUGGCCUCCCAGAUCAAGCUCCUCUUGGAGAUCCCGGAGCGCAUCUGGAGCACCAUGGAGGCUUCCCAGUACCUCCAGGCCACCCAGCUGUACCUGCUGUGCUGCCACCUGCACACGCAGCUCCAGCUGGAGGCGGCUACAGGGGGCCUCUACAGCCCCGUGCUGGCCCGCUUCCCCAUCCUGGUCCGACAGGUCGCUACCACCGGACACUUCAGGUCAGCCAUCUUGCUGGACAGCAGGUCUCUGCUUCGGGGACGGGCGGUGUCAGACCAAGCCAUUGCCGAGGCCCUGGUGUCCACCAUGCUGCUGGAGGACAGCUCGCCCCGACAGGCCCUGGCUGACUUCCUGCUGGCCCGGAAAGCUUCCAUCCAUCAGCUGCUGAACCAGCCGCAGCACGGUGCAGGGAUCAAGGCUCAGGUCUGCAGCCUGGUGGAGCUGCUGGUCACCACUCUGUUCCAGGCCUACGCUGUCUUCUACCUGCCCCCGGACGGCGGCCCCAGGCCGGGGGACAGAGUCCUGAGCUGUGGGAUGCUCUUCUCCAUCCUGGAGAGCGUCACCUCCACCACCUCAGCAGCUAAAGGCAGGAAGGUGCUGCAGGAGGAGAGCAGCACUGGCAGCUGGUUCAGGUAUCUGCCUCCAUCCAUCUCCCAGUUUCAGCCCACUCUGCGAACGCUGGCGCAGCCCAUCCAGAGAGAGCAGCUACGAGACGCUUUGCAGCACUGGAUCAAUACCUGUAAGGAGGACAUCUGUCAUGGUGUCGGCAGCCUUCUGGUCUACGUGAAGAGCCUGAAGGCCCUGGCAGCCAUCAGGGAUGCUGUGUGGGAUCUUCUCUCCACAGACUCCAUCAGUCAGCACUGGAGCACCGUGUGCCAGCGGCUGCUGGAGCGCCCCCUGGAGGUCUGGGACGACUUCCUGCAGCAGCUCUUCCUGCAGCGUCUGCAGGCCAUCACCAAAGAUGAAACUGAAGCCAUCGCAGCAUGCUCGGUCCAGCUCCUCACCUCAGCUGUGUCAGACCUGGAUGGCCAGACUGUCCCACCUCCCUCAGGGACCACCCCUGGCCCCAGUCAUGGGGCUCAGUAUGAGGUGGACAUUGCCUCCUUUUUGUGGUCCGAGUCUUCAGGUGACCUGCUGAGCGAUGCAGGCUGGGUCAGUGUGGCCCAGCGGGGUCACCAGCAGCAGAGGAGUGGGCUGGCCAUGAAGACCCAGGCCCUGACUCCAUGUGUCCAGAACUUCUGCUCCUCCUUAGAUGCAAAGCUGGAGACCAGGCUCCAGGACCUGCAGUACUACCUUCCUGGCCAGGACCCAGGACGGGACUCUUCUGGACCCUCUGACGCCCCCUCAGCCUCCUUUAACCGCUUCACAGACUCUGCAGCCGUGGAGGAGGCUCUGCGGGAGGGCUGCUCGGCCUGCGUCCGCAGCAUCCUGUCCUCCGUCCGCUCCGAGCUGGAUGCAGCCUCUCGCCACGCCGCCUCGCCGGACCCCACGCUCGCACGCCUCAGCUCUGUCCUCUUCAUGGCCAGGCUGUGCCAGUCUGUGAGCGAGCUCUGCCCGAACCUGAAGCACUGCAUCCUGGGAAAAGAGAGCAGAACUGAAAGCGUGGUGAAGGGGACGCCCAGACAAGGCAAGAAGCCGGGCCGAUCCAGAGCCGCCCCUGAGGUCAGCCCCGCCCAGGCCAGGUGGGCCGGUCUGAAGGAGGAGCUUCUUGGCUGCAGCAUGGAGGCGUACCGCAUCUGGAGCUCCGCCCUGGCCAAAGUGCUGCUGGACACGUUCAGCUCGGCGCUGCACGCCGAGUCUGCCGGAGCCAUCCUCACCACCACCACGAACUGGGAAGAUCUGGAGAUCCAGGAGGAGACCGAGUCAGGGAGUAGCAUCACAUCCAGAAUCCGUCUCCCAGUCCAGCCGUCCUGGUACGUCCAGUCUCUGCUGUUCCAGCUGUGUGUGGAAGUGAACAAGGUGGGGGGCCAUGCCCUUCCUCGCUCCACCCUGCAGGAGCUGCUUCAGACCUGCCUGGCCCAGGCUCUGCAUCACUACCAUAGGCUGACAGAGCUGCCCCCCAGCAGGGAGGGGGUCUUUCCCGUGACUCAGAACCGAGCCUUACAGCUACUUUUUGACCUCCGGUACCUUAGCUCCACACUGAGCAGCAGACUGGAGGAGGGGACGAGCUCUCGAUCCCACCAGGACCCCCGAAUUCACAACAUCUGUGACUGGUUGGAAAGUUUCAUCGACCCCUUUGACCUGGACGUGUUCACGCCGCUGCUCCACACCAACCUCAGCCGGCUCUGCCAGAGGACCUCGGUGCUGCUGGGUCUGCUGACGGGUUCGGAGAAGCAGUUUUCCUCGCGGAACAGCACCGUGAGCUCCCAGGAGCCGUACAACAUCCUGCCGCUGGCGAGCAGCCAGAUCAGGUUCGGGUUGCUGCCUCUCAGCAUGUCCAACGCACGGAAACCCAAGUCCGCCUCCGGCACGUCCGACGCUCCCCAGAAGCUGCGUUGCUGAACACGAGACCCCCCAGGCUCGUCAGCCCUCAGCGGCAGGACGUGAGGACAGCUUCCGGCCAGGAAGCCUCUUCAGACAACUGGCUGAUCCAGAUGAAGAUGCAGCAUCUUCCUCCUUGUUCAGACUCAGCUGGCUGUCUGGAAUAACCAAAUAAGCCUUUACUGCUGUUAUCUUGUAAAAUAAUAAUUUCUAGUAAACAUCAGUUUGUCUUUGGA